UGGUGUAAUUGUCAUAUAUACUCUCUGAUUGGAUUAUUUGUUAAUUUUUUCUUUUUUUGCAUGUAUGCAGGAUGUUUUUGGAGCUGUUCCUGGUGACACGGAUUACAGAAUAUUUGCCAAUGAUUAUGGCAACAUUCCAGGGCUGGAUAUUAUAUUUCUCCUUGGGGGUUAUUUUUAUCAUACAUCCUCCGAUACUGUGGAAAGACUAUUGUAUGCAUUACAAAUGCCAUUUUGACCAGGAAGUAUCCAAGCACGUGGGGACAAUUUGUUUGGUGUAGUUAAAGCACUCUCCAAUUCUUCUAAGCUACGAAAUGCCCACGACCGAGAGUCUCUUAGAGACACUGCUGUUGGAUCUGAAGAUGAGCGGGCUGUUUUCUUUGAUUACUUGUCAUGGUUCUUGAUAUUCUAUUCAAGAAGGCAAGCAAUGAUACUUCAUAGUAUUCCUUUUGCUCUCUACUUUCUUAUGCCUUUUUUUCUGCGCCUCCCAAAUAGCGGAGUAUGGUCUUCCUUCAUGACCUUCUGGGACUUUUUCAAAGGAAUGAUUUUGCAUGCUAUUGGGAUUAUACUUGCCAUUAUUUUUCCAGUUAUCUUUAGCAUCCUGCGGCUGCUAUUCUCUGGUCAUUCAAUGCACUGGUUUGCUAAUCCAUACUUAGCUUUUAUGAUGUUCAUACCCUGUUCACUUGCUGGUCUGUUGAUUCCAAGGAUUGUUUGGCGAUGCUUUCCUCUCUCUCAGGAUGUUUCUGUUCUCAAAUCAUCAAAAGAGCAACUAGCAGAUGAAGCAAGGUUUUGGGGAGCAUUUGGGCUGUAUGCUCUAUUGACGCUGGCUUAUCUUUUAGCUGGGUUGAAUGGAGGUUUCUUGACUUUUUGGUCAGCAGCCUUUAUGCUUCCUGCAUGGAUCUCAUUCUGCGUAUCAAUUAAAUCCUUUGGUCACAAAUCACUCAGGUCUACGGCAUGUUAUGUGGUACCCCUUAUACCUUUCCUUAUCUACUCUGUUUACUUUGGUGGGUUAAUGGCCCAGUUCUUGAUCGAGAAAAUGGGCAUGAUGGGCUCACUACCACCGCCUUAUGGGUAUUUCAUUCCUGAUGCUGUAGUGGCAGCAACUAUUGGAAUUGUGACCGGUUGGUGUACAGGACCUCUUAUACCAGUUGCUGGCCAUUGGUUAGCCAGGUCAUCUAUAAUGCAAUUCUUGCUGCAUAUUAGUGUGCUUGCCUUGGCUAUAUCAUCCCAGUUCUUUCCAUACAGCACAGAUGCACCUAAAAGGGUUGUUUUCCAGCAUACAGUUCUGACUGCAGAUGCAGCUCAAGUUGUGGGCUCCAGUUAUGAUUUAUCUGUAGUUGACUCCAACUCCCUACUUUUUCUUUUCAAACAUGCUCCAGAAGUGUCAAAGGAACUACACAUUGGUUCAGAGUUAUUGUUUGACACCAUCAGUCAGUCUCGCCAAGAGAGUUGGGUGGGAAUUUUUCCAGUAUCUUUCUUGUUUUCAAGAAGCUUAAAAUUCCCCGCAGACAAUGAUGAUAUCUUGAAGCAAUAUCGAUACUUCCCUCAUUUAUCGUCUUAUAAGCCCCAAAUCAUUUACAGUGGGGGAUCUCGGAGAGUUUACUUGGAGUUUUCGUUGGGUUCUUCAAAGGAGGUUUGGGUUGCAGUCCUUAAUAUUACUGGUCCCUUAUCCAAUUGGUCUCUUGCAAGCAAUAUACUUCCAGGUCCAGAAAGUCUUGAUGGUGGUCCACCCUCAUACAUAUGUAGGUUUAGUGGAGUAGCCCAGGAGAACUGGACGUUCUGGCUGGAGGCCAGCAGUUCUGAAGCUUUACAAGUUGAAGUUGCUGUAGUAGACCAAUAUUUAGUGGAGCCGGCAAAGAAGUUGAAAAGUCUUUUUCCUAAUUGGGUGGAUGUCACUGCUUAUACAAGUUUUCUGUCAAGUUAUAUCUUCUAGUUUACCUUUCCCUGUUUUGUAAGGCUAUGAUUCUACGAGGUACCCCGAAAUGUUCUGGAAAUACUCUGUUGAUUUUAAAUUUAUUAGUUAAAGC